AUGUCGUCUCCACCAUGGGACUACAUCGCUAAACUCGUCUGCAUCGGCGACUCGGGCUGCGGCAAGUCCAGCCUAACCAUCCGUCUCUGCGAGGGCCGCUUCUCCCCUCACCACGACGUGACCAUCGGCGUCGAGUUCGGCUCCCGCAUCGUCCCUGUCGGCCCCCCCAACGCCCUCCCUCCCGCUCCUCACCUCCCGGCGUCCUCCAACGCCCAGAAGACCAACGAAGACGGCAUCGCCGCGCCCAACGGCCUCCCCGAGCCCCCACGCCUCCCCGAACCAGCCGCAGUUGACGGGCCCCAAAAGCACAUGAAGCUCUCCCUUUGGGACACGGCGGGCCAGGAGACGUACAAGUCCGUCACGCGCUCCUACUUCCGCGGCGCCAGUGGCGCCCUACUUGUCUUCGACCUCAGCCGCAAGCAGACCUUCCAGCAUGUCACGGACUGGCUCAACGACCUGCGCCAGAUCGCCGAGCCCGACAUUGUCGUCAUUCUCGUCGGCAACAAGGCCGACCUCACUCAGGACGAGAACAACAAGCGCGAAGUCACCAAAGAGGAGGCCGAGGAAUGGGCCAAGAGGAACGGCGUCUUCGAGUAUGUCGAGACGAGCGCCAAGAGCGGUGAGAACGUCGAGAAGGCCUUUAUGAGGGUCGCCGAGAGGAUAUACAACAACAUCCAGGCCGGCAAGUACGACCUCAAUGACAGGAGAUCCGGUGUCAAGGGACCCGGCGCCGGAGGCAGCAGGCAGGUGAAGAUAGGGGCCGAUGCCAACAAGGGAUCAGGCGGCGGCUGUUGUUAG